AUGAUGCUGAACACCUUCCUCCUGAGGAAACAAACCAUGGCUGACGGAACGCAGAACCCUGCAGCUUUUAGAGCCUUACAGCUAACUCUACAGCUGAUGGCCCCUCUCCAUGACAUUGUGGCUUACCUCUGCAGCUUUGCUAAACUUGGAAACUGCCCAGCAUGUUUUGAAUUUCCUCUAAGUCCUAACCCUUUGAGAAGUGACUGGGGAGGAACUGAGGGCAUUGGGUUUGAACUUCAAGAGCUGCAGAAAAUGAUUGACAGCCUCCAGAGCCCCCAAGACCCCAAGCAGGUGGCCCAGGCACUCCUUCCCCGGAGGGAGGUUAUGUUUCUGCAGUUUGACGCUGCAGUGAGGCAUCUCAUCCGAAGAUCAUUUUUGGCAGCUGGAAAUGUUUCUGCCUACCAGUCUGUCACAGACGGCAUGUACCAUGGGUUGCCACCAAUGAGCAACUCUCUCGUGAAGAGCGUAUUUGCUUCACAGCUUGGCCUGCCCCAGCCACUGGAUCCACGGAGCCUCCAGGCAUUUGUGCUGUUCCCUUGGAGAGCAUUUCUGGAAGAUGGAGGACCAUUUCCACUUAUGAGUAGCAGCCCAGAUACCCUAGAAUACAAUAUGCAGGUAGGGCAGAUCUUCUCAUUUAUCACUGAGAAAGCUGAAUGCAUUCUGCAAAGCAUGGCUGUCAUUAGGUCUAUAUAUUAUGUCCUUCAUACUUAUACUCUAGAGUGUUUGAUAAUGAUGUUAUAAACGUGAUACUGAAAAGGAGUCGUGUUUUCUUAUAACAGGUGAGAAUCAUGUUCUCAGCUGGUAUCAGCCUCGGCUGAACUUCCCAUGACCAACAGUUAUGUGGGAGAGCAGCCAGCCACCU